GUUCUUCCACUCUCACACACCCAUUCAACACAUCUUCUUCUCUCCAGCAAUCUUCUCUCUACAGACCCUUCACCAAGUCUGAGAGAGAGCUUCGAGAAGCGACACCUCUUCUUUUUUUUCUUCAUCCCCCCCUUUUCCUUUUUUCUCCUUUGCCCUGCCCCCCUUCGUGUGUUUCGAUACCCUCAAUUGUCGUUCGCGGUCCGGUUCUGUGGCCUCCUCCCCUCCCUGUCCCCACGACUGUCUCUGCGAGCUCGCAAUAUGAACAAACUGGCAAACAUGCGUCACUGGUCCGAGAGGAUGAGCCCCAACUUUGGAAUGGGUCGUCCCAACAUGCCCAUGAACCCCAUGAACCCGAGAAGAGAUACAGUUCCUCAGCAGGCUGCUUCAAUAAGCUCGCCUCAGCCUCUCGAUGCUCCGACGCCAAUCAUUCACUACUCCUUCAACGUGCCAUUCGCCUCUGACCUCGCCGGUCCCAACACUGAGGAUAUCCUUCACGCUACCGACGAUGCCGUUUUGCGCUGGACCCAUCCCGAGGACGUCGCCGACGAUGUCCAGGUUCACGAGCUGCCUGUUCACACCCAGAAUCUUGCCAACCUGCGCAAGGUCUGCAAGGACAUCACCAACGGCCCUUUCCAGAUCGAGGCUCAUGUCAUCUCAACGACCCCCAAGAAUGCAAAGGGGCAGCAGGUCACUACCGUGUGCCUGUCGGGAACUCCGGAAAUGGUCAACAAGAGCAGGGAGACGAUUUUGAACGACAACCAGACUGUCUUGCGUUGUACGACUGUUGAUGUUGAGGGCCACCUCGUCUGUGACCUGACCGCUGGUGCCUUGAAGCAGCAAGUGACGGACACCUUGGACUACAUCUCCAAGUACUGCGGGGUCGACAUUUUCCUGCUGGGACCCAAAUUGACACCCGUGGUUGAUGGCAUGACGGGUGAUGCCGAGAUGCGUGUAGACCAAAGAUGGCGAGUAGCCAUCUAUGGUGAUAUUCUCUCCGUCGAGCAUGCAAAGGCCCGUGUGCUUAUCCAAAUUGACACUCUGCUCGGCCGAGUUGUCGAUGCCACCAAGCUUGACCUGUCGAUUCACCAGCUUGUGUGCGGCCGCCACCGAAAGAACAUCAAGCUCAUUGAGUCGUCGACUGGCACUGCCAUCUACUUCCCGCCUCCUUUCUCCCAGAUGUACCGAUACUGCCCGCCUGGAGCAAGCCGCCGUGACCCUACAGACAUCUUCAUCACGGGCGAGAGCCCUCAGGCCAUUGAGCUUGCCAAGCAGAAGCUUCAUGAGACUGUUUCCCGCAUCCGCUUGUAUAUGAAGGAUGUCACCAUUUCGCCGGCCAAAAUUGACAGCGUCUUGCUUACCCGUCUCGACAAAGUUCGCAAGAUCCUUGAAGCCAAUGGCACCUACAUCUUGUUCCCUCCUCUGGCAAGCCAACGCAACAUGGUUCGUGUCCAGGGAAGCGAAGGAUUGCAUGUUGAGCGCACCGUCCGCGAGGUCAUGGCCUUGGCCGGACAGUUCUACAGCGCAGCUUGGUGGAUCCAACAGCCCGACAGUCGCCAGCUUCCGAACCCCGCUGACGUCAGAACUAUGCUAGGUGAUGUUUGUGCCAACUCGGAUGCCGACUUGUCCUUCGACAAAAUGAACUUCUCAAUCACCGGUUCUGAUGAUGCCGUAAAGGCCGCCUUGAUGGUCAUGUCUGAGAUCAAAUUCCUUGUCCAGUCCCAGUACCAGAUUCGAGUCAAGAUUGAACUCGCCAACGAGCACAAGGAAUUUGUGAGUGGCAAGAAAAAUGGCAAAAUCAACAAAAUCAUGGGCCAGAGCAGUGUACAGAUUAUUUUCGAUGGCUUCAACGAGUAUAACUUCAACAUUGAUGUCAUGGCUGCCAGCUACGACUCGAUGAAGCAGGGGCUCACGCUUGUCGAACAGGAGAUGCCUGCUUCCAUCUCCUUCCACGUUCCCGACCAGUACCACAAACGAAUCAUCGGCAUUGGAGGACAGCAUAUCCAGCGCAUCAUGAAGAAGCACUCUGUGUUUGUCAAGUUCUCCAACGCCAUGGACCGCGGAGGAUUGGGCCGUGAGGAUGACGACGUCAAGGUCGACAACGUCAUUUGCCGUACUCCAGCCAGGAACGCCCAGAAUCUUGAUGCCGUUAAGAACGAGAUUCUGGAAAUGGUCGACAGAGCCGACUCCGAGUAUACUUCGCAGAUCGUCAAUGUUGACCGCCUGUAUCAUCGUCAGCUCCUGGCUCGUCUUGGCGAGAUCGACGAGCUCGAGGGCAAGUACAACUGCAAGAUUGUGUUCCCUAGCACUGAGCAGGCUAGCGAUGAGGUCACUGUGACUGGCCCACAGUGGCAGGUACCUCAUUGCGUUGAUGAAUUUUUGGGCAUGGUUCCUGACAACCACGAGUUGGUUCUCACCCGCACCCCUGAGUUCAUCAAGUUCCUUGAGUCGCCCAGCUUCGCCCACGACCUUGUUCCGAAACUGAAGACGCAGUACGAAGUCGAGGUCACCGUCCAUCAGGAUGCCGAUUCUGAGGAUGGCUUGCCGGCUCUCGCCUUGCGCUGGACGUUUACUCGCAACAAUGCCGGCGGCCUGCGUGACGCCAUCGACUUCCUUCUUGCUCAAUUUGCUACUGCUGGCGUUGAGGUGACCAUUUUGAAGGGUUCAAUCCCCCGGCCCAAGUCCGAUUCUUUCGAAGACUCGCUUCAGUACUUUGACUCGAAGCUUCUUCAACAUGCUCCGGCCACCAUCGCCGCCGAUUCCCCAACCAAGGCGGCCUUUGAGGGGGAGGUUGCUCGCGAGCGGGGCACGAUCUUUGAUCGUCUCCGCAAGCCUGGCAGCAUGACCUCCAUCUCGUCCUUUUUGGACCGCCGCAAGAACAGCUCCCACUCGACCCACGCCAACUUUUUCAAGGGAUCUAGCAACGUGUCCAAGUCUUCUCUUAUUUCGAUCGAAUCUACCCGCAGCUUCAAUGCGGACAGAAACCCCUGGAACGAUAGCGGCGUCAAUCUUCCAGACGACGACAACCCAUGGGCCCACCGCCCCAUCGGGAAUGGUUCUGACAAGCUGACCAUUCCUCAACCUGGUGACGUUACGCCACGUCACAGCACUCGAGCGUCCGGCGACAGCGGGCGCCCUUCUACGUCUCAUUCUACGAAUUCUGGAUACCCCGGUCCCAUCGGACCUUUCCGUUAGAUUCCCGUCUUAGAAAAUCUACUACGUGCAAAAUACCCCGGCUGGAUAUACCCUGGCGUACAAUACCCCCGGAACGUUGCUUCCGAUGCAUCGGUCGGCCGAAGUUAUUGUUUUGCUUGCUUUGCUGCUAUUGCUUUUAUCGUACUUUGUUUUACUUGAUUUAGUUUCUUAGUCUUGCGGGUUUCGAUAGUCGCUAUCGCACGUGUUAACGUCCACUCUUUAUACCCCCGAAGUCGAAAGGCGGAGGACAAAAAAGAAAAGAUACCUUGUUUGCGGUUUGGCUUUGUUUGUUUAUGCAUUUAGCGCUCCUGGUGACCACGGUCACAGGGGAAUCGAAAAAAGCGAGAGGUCGAGGGGUCACAUGGUUUCGCCCAUAACUCGAUGUUGAUAUUUCAGCAGCCAGCUCUUGCAAUCCUCUACAGAUCUAUUCAUUAUGGGUCAAGCCCCGCACAAGAUUUUGUCUCCUGCCGCCAAAGGAGUUGAAAAGUAAGGGCGUGCGAGGUCCUGGGGCCAGCAAGGAGUGUCAAUUGGGAAGAGAUGGAAAUAGGCCGUUCUACUCUGUGUGUGGGUUGGCUCAGCAUGUCCGCCAGGCGGUGAAAGGGAAAAUUGUUAUGGCGGCAGGCCAGUAUGGCGCAAGAUUCAGCGGCUGACUGAACUGCAAGCGGGAGAUGACGACGGAACCGUAUGGAUACCUGCAGGCCUUUUUUAGUUUGACCUUGAAAUGCAACGAUACCCAUGGU